UGUGAAAGGGGAAGCAUCAGAUGGUCAUGCUACUACUGUAUAACUUUAACAGCUACAAUUUAGUCCGAGACUUGCUGCACUUCCUUAUCACUCUGGCCCAGGAAGACUGAACAGAGAAGCAUCUCAGCCCUCUCUUUUGUUGUUGUUUAUCUUUCUAAUUCACCGGUGGGAUUUCUGAAGAUGGAAAAAGGUUUCCAACCACAGGGUGCUGCUCCACCCUACCCCGGACCUCCGAUGAAUUAUGGCGGUACCGGACCUCUACCUGGAAUGCAUGCUCCACCAGUUUAUCCAUCUCAGCCAGGCUUCCCUGCUCAGCCAGGCUUCUCUGCUCAGCCAGGCUUCCCUGCUGCCCCAGCUGGAUAUCAGGGAGGUGUUGGAUUUGCUCCUGCAGUCGGUACACCAGCAGUGUCUCACGUGGUAGUAUCACCAGCACUAACUGAAAUCCCGGGACAGUUUAUGUGUCCUCACUGCCAGCACACUGGGAUCACUAAUACAACACAAACACCAGGACUGCUUGCCUGGGCCAUUUGUGGAGGGUUGACCCUCUUAGGGUGCUGGCUUUGCUGCUGUAUCCCUUUCUGCCUCGAUUCCUGCCAGGAUGUGGAGCAUCGCUGUCCAAACUGCCAAAAUCUCGUCUACAUAUACAAACGUAUGUGAACCCAGUUUCACAAGAAAUGAAUGGAGAGAGAGAGAGAAAAAAAACUGAUUUAAUCGUACUUAAUAUAACAAUAUCAAAAUAUGCAAACUAAAUCCAAUGAAAUAAAUAUUGCACUGUUGUAUGUGAUCAGACAUGUUAGAAAAAUUAAGGAUUUGAGUAAUGACAGGAAACUGUUUUCAAUCUUAAAAAGCUAUAUGUUUGUUUUUAUUUUUUUUUUUCAAAUGUCACCUCUUGCAAGAAAUCUGUAUACUUUUUUGUGUUUUUUUUUUUCAUUAAACUGAAACAAAGUAUUUUUUUGUUUUUAUUUUGUCAUUGAAGUGUUUAUUUGUCUCAGAGGGGGUUGGACUGGGUUUUUUAGACCUUAUUAAGUCUGAGAACCAAGAUAGGAUGGUCCUUUUUUGUUCUUACACAAAGGUUUAUACUUUUUACUGAAAUAAAGAAU